AUGGCACAACCCAACAAGCAGCUUCCCUGCGAUGCCGAUGGCUUCUGCAUGCUCUGCAAACACAAGCCUUCAUCCUCUGAUACUCUCGCUUGCCGCACGUGCGCCACUCCAUGGCACGUUUCUUGCCUCACCACCGUUCCCAUCACCGUCGAUUGGGACUGUCCCGACUGUACUUCUCACCCGGACAACAACCCCGCCCCGAUUCCCGCCGGAUCCGGCGGUCUCGUGUCGGAGAUCCGUGCCAUCGAAUCGGACACUUCUCUAACUGAAAAAGAGAAGGCCAAGAAGCGCCAAGAGCUCCUUGGCGGCUCCGUUAAUGCAUCUCAAUCUUCGGAUAAGAAUGUUGGUAACGGAAACGGCGUGCUUGAUAUCUUUGACGGAAAGUUGAACUGUUCCUUCUGCAUGCAGUUACCUGAUAGACCCGUGACGACGCCGUGCGGUCACAAUUUUUGUUUGAAGUGCUUUGAGAAAUGGAUUGGUCAAGGGAAGCGCACCUGUGCUAAUUGUCGCCAUGACAUUCCUCCUAAGAUGGCGAGCCAGCCUCGCAUCAAUUCUCAGCUUGCCAUUGCAAUUCGAUUGGCCAAGAUUGCAAAAUCUGAGGGAAGCCCCGAUGCUCCGAAGGUGCAUCAGUUUAUUCGCAAUCAGGAUCGUCCAGAUCAAGCUUUCACAACGGAUCGAGCCAAGAAGACUGGAAAGGCGAAUGCUUGCAGUGGGAAGAUCUUUGUGACCAUUCCUCCUGAUCAUUUUGGACCCAUUACGGCGGAGAAUGACCCUACGCGUAACCGUGGUGUUCUGGUUGGAGACACGUGGGAGGAUAGGAUGGAAUGUCGACAAUGGGGUGCUCAUUUCCCUCAUGUUGCUGGCAUUGCUGGCCAGAGUAGCUAUGGGGCUCAGUCUGUUGCGCUAUCCGGUGGUUACGAGGAUGAUGAGGACCACGGUGAGUGGUUCCUUUAUACUGGCAGUGGUGGAAGAGACCUCAGCGGCAACAAACGCACAAAUAAGAAGCAGUCUUUUGAUCAGAAAUUUGAGAACAUGAAUGAGGCUUUGAGAGUUAGUUGUCAUAAAGGUUAUCCUGUUCGGGUAGUAAGGUCCCACAAGGAAAAGCGUUCUUCUUAUGCACCAGAAUCUGGAGUGAGAUAUGAUGGAGUUUAUAGAAUAGAGAAGUGUUGGCGUAAAGAUGGAAUACAAGGUUGCAAGGUUUGCAGAUACUUGUUCGUGAGAUGUGACAAUGAGCCCGCCCCAUGGACGAGUGAUGAUCGUGGAGACCGCCCUCGACCACUACCGAACAUUGAAGAGUUGAAUGAUGCAGUUGAUUUAACCGAAAGGAAGAGUGCUCCAUCAUGGGAUUAUGAUGAGGAAAAGGGCAGCUGGUUGUGGAAGAGACCUCAACCUGAAAGUAAGAAAUUAAACCGUAAGGAUGGGAAAAUAGUAUGCUUUAAACGAAAAGUAAAAAGUGAGUCCGUGAAAGAAAGGCUAUUGAAAGAGUUUGGUUGCCAUAUCUGUCACAAGGUGAUGACUUUCCCUCUUACAACACCUUGUGCUCACAACUUCUGCAAAGCCUGUCUGGAGGGUGCAUUUUCUGGCCAAAGUUUCGUCCGAGACCGGGCAUGUAAAGGUGGACGCACUUUGCGAGCACAGAAGAAUAUUAUGAAAUGCCCAUCAUGUUCAAUUGACAUAGCUGACUUUCUUCAGAAUCCACAGGUUAACAGAGAAAUGAUGGGUCUAAUAGAAUCACUCCAGAGCCAGAUGGAGGAGAACUCUGAAGAGUCUAGUUGUAAAAAUGACGAAAAUUCUAAGAAUCUGCAAGACGGGACAGAAGUUUUAAAACCGAGUGAUGAUUCAAGUGAAAAAGUCCUGGAGGAAAUUAACGACAAUGAUCUGAAUCGACCCCAGAAGCGGAGGAAUACUGAUAGUGGCGCGGGUAUGGUGAACAAAGAGGAAAAUAUUGAUGAGGUUGAACUAGAAGACAAGGUAAAGACUAGCGAAUAAAAGGGCUAUUGAUGGAUUGCAGUGAGCACUUUUGGAUUAUGGAUUUGCAUUAUAUUGCAGUGCCAAAGGGGUUAAUAUUUGCUAAUGCAAAGUUAACUCUUCUAUUUUUAUUUUUGAGGGCUAGCUCCUAGACAUUGCUUUACAUGGCUUAUUUUUUUUUUUUUGCGUGGUGCCCUUGUGGUCGUAGGAAAGGUUUAUGUGAUUGAGAAUUGAUAUCUCGUGUAUGUGUAGGUCUCAUUUAGUAAAAUUGAGAAAGAAAAGGAAAAUAUUGUAUGUUGUCAUAUGCACACUGUAGUGCUAUAUGUUUUUAUAAAAAAAUGUUAUGCAAACAACUAU